AAUUCAGAGAGGAAGAAAAAGCCGAAGAAGCCGGCUGGCAUUCAGACAGAAGUGAAAACCGUCUGCAGAGAGAUUGAAGGGGCGAAUGAGAAAGCAAUCGACGGGAUCACACUGAGCUGACGAGAGGACCAUUAUAGUGCUUCUUUUUAACCAGCUGACAAGAAUAUACGCAGAUGGACACCAGCACAAGCUCUGAGGACAAACCGGUGCAGCGCUCCAAGUCGUUCAGCUUUAAUGUCCAGAGGGAGGUGUGCUCGUCCUGUGAGAAGACGGUCUACCCCAUGGAGAGGCUUGUGGCGGACAAGCUGAUAUUCCACACGACCUGCUUCUGCUGCAAGCACUGCAACACCAAACUCAGUCUGGGCACCUAUGCAGCCUUGGAGGGCGAGUUCUACUGCAAGCCGCAUUUCCAGCAGCUGUUCAAGAGCAAAGGCAACUACGAUGAGGGUUUUGGUCGCCGGCAGCACAAGGAGCUGUGGACCAGCAAGGAGAACGAAACCAAGACCGCGUAACCACACCAGCCUGGAUCCACCACAACCCCCACCCCCCAACAUCCAAGAUGCCACGUACACACACAGCACACGCAAACAACACCUGUAAAUGACACACAUUCCAGCAUGCAAGCUCACACCACCUUAAAGGACUGGUCAGCUGCUGCAGUGUUUUCAGAUUUCUAGAAUUGGGCAUUGAUUUCUUAAAAAAAAUUCUUAAAUUAGUUUGUUUUAAGUCAUUUUAUUGUAUAUUCUCCAUAUCAGGAGUUGUUUUCAACCAACCAGCCAACUAAAUUAACUGGAAUGU